AUGCUCAAGACGAUUAUACGUCCUCCGAGUUCAACAUUGACAUGCUCGCAACCGAUACGCCGCUCCUAUCUAUCCAUACCUCCCAAAAAUCCAAUAUAUCGGGCUCUACCUGCGUCCGACGUAUUGGUGAGCUAUCUCGCCGAUGUUGAUAUCGACGAGUUUCGCCAACGAGCCUUCGUCCCACAAAAACCUAUUCUUAUAACGACGAGAUCGCCGACUAUACCAGACUCUGCAACCUCGCAGACUGCAAGAUUGCUCGGUUUAGGGAUUCCUGCAGCGCAGAAAUGGUUCUGCCCACGGCGUCAAGAUGGCUCUAAUGGAGACGGAGCGGGAGCGCCUUGUGCGGUCGUCCCAUCGCGAACGUACCUCGAACCAUUUCAGGAAGCCGUUCUUCCCUAUGAGCUUAUCGUCAACACUAAGGACGAAUAUAUACCUGACACAGGAUGGCCGCCCCUAGGAGAUGGAGUACGCCCUGUGACAGCACCAGUUAUCGACCGCUCGUUAGGUACGAAGUUCCACCGGUUUAGAGCCCCAUUACAGCUCUUCUUGGAAACUUGCGGAUGGACCCUACCCCCCAAACAGCUCUACAUCGCGCAAGCACAGAUCGCCGAUCUCCCAAAGCAGCUACAAGAUGAUCUCCCAACGCCGAGAAUCGUCACGGAGGCGAAGUUGGGAGAUGUAUAUGAUGCGAAUAUCUGGAUGGGCAUUCCGCCGACGUAUACUCCUCUACACAAAGACCCGAAUCCGAAUCUAUUUGUGCAGUUGGCGAGCACGAAGCUUGUACGGUUGGUUCCGCCUAGUAUCGGGGGCCAGUUGUUUAGGGAGGUGCAGGAGAAAACCGGGCAGCGGGGUCCGUCGAGUUUGCGCGGAGACGAGAUGAUGGAUGGACCUGAGAGGGACGCUUUGGAUGAGGCUGUCUGGGGGACGGACGUGACAGAAGAUGGGGUUGGGACUGGGAUUGAGGUUAUUGUGCGACCUGGAGAGGCGCUGUUUAUACCGAACGGGUGGUGGCAUAGUAUCAAGAGUGUUGGGACGGAUGUUACAGCAUCUGUCAAUUGGUGGUUCCGUUGA